AUGUCUCAACAUAAUCAAUUAUCAAAUGGAGAGAAUUCCAAUAAGUGUCGAAAUAAUGAACUUAGCCAAAAGUUGAUACAACUCGAACACGAAUACGGAGCACACAAUUAUCACCCACUUCCUAUGGUCUUUUCCCGAGGUGACGGAGCUUACGUUUGGGAUCCUGAGGGUAACAAGUAUAUGGACUUUCUAUGUGCCUAUUCGGCCGUAAAUCAAGGCCACUGUCAUCCAAGGAUUGUAAAAGCCCUUUGUGAUCAAGCCCAAAAACUCUGCUUGAGCUCUCGAGCAUUUUAUAACGAUGUUUUUGGCAAAUAUGCAAAAUAUGUUACCGAAUAUUUCGGUUACGACAUGGUUUUGCCGAUGAAUACGGGUGCUGAGGCAGUCGAAACAGGAAUCAAGCUGGCCCGAAAGUGGGGCUACAUGAAGAAGGGUAUUCCCGAUGAACAAGCGAUAAUAAUCUCGUGCUCAAACAAUUUCCACGGUCGCACAUUGGCGAUCAUUUCCAUGUCAACCGACCCAGAUUCCAGGCUCGGAUUUGGUCCUUAUACACCACGUGUUGGACCUGUUUGUCCAGUUUCCAAACGCGUUCUCAACUACGGCUCAGUUAGUGACUUGGAAGAUGCAUUAAAAGCACAUGGGCAAUUUGUAGCCGGAUUUUUGGUGGAACCAAUCCAAGGAGAAGCAGGUAUUUACGUUCCCGACGAGGGGUAUCUGAAGAAAUGCUAUGAUCUCUGCAAGAAGUACAAUGUUCUGUUAAUCGUCGAUGAAAUCCAAACCGGUCUUGCUCGUACGGGAAAAAUGCUUUGUCAAGAACAUGAUGGCAUAAAGGCCGAUAUUACGUUAUUGGGUAAAGCACUAUCAGGUGGUGUUUAUCCCGUGUCCGCUGUUCUUUCCAGCAGAGAUAUCAUGUUAUGUAUCCAACCUGGAGAACACGGUUCAACCUAUGGAGGCAACCCUUUGGGUUGUGCCGUGGCCAUGGAGGCUCUUAAGGUGAUUAAGGACGAGAAUUUGGUAGAGAGAUCGGAUAUUUUAGGAGAAAAAUUCCGUCAAGCUCUUCGUAAUAUUGGAUCCCCUCUGGUUCAAAGUGUACGAGGUCGCGGAUUGUUAAACGCAAUCGUGAUUGAUGAAACCAAAACUAACAAGACCGCUUGGCAAUUAUGUUUAUUGCUUAAGUCUCGUGGGCUAUUAUGUAAACCCACGCACGUUAACAUAAUCCGUUUAGCACCAUCGCUGAACAUUGCCGAAGAUGAAUUAAUGAGAGGCGUCCAAAUUAUCAAAGGGGCGUUGAAUGAUAUUGUCAGUAUAAAAGCUGAAGACAUUCCAGGAUAUUUAGAAGACUUGAAGUUAGCUUCUAAUGCAGCCGAAUAA